AUGUUCACGUCCAAGUCCAAUUCGGUGUCGCCUUCGCCGUCCCUGGAGCAGGCGGACUCGGACGCGCUGGACAUCAGCACCAAAGUGCAGCUCUACGGGGUGCUGUGGAAGCGGCCCUUCGGGAGGCCGUCGGCCAAGUGGUCCCGGCGGUUUUUCAUCAUCAAAGAGAGCUUUCUGCUUUACUACUCUGAGAGUGAAAAAAAGAGCUUUGAAACCAAUAAGUACUUCAAUAUACAUCCUAAGGGCGUCAUCCCUCUGGGUGGCUGCCUGGUGGAGGCCAAGGAAGAGCCCAGCAUGCCCUACGCCAUGAAGAUCUCCCAUCAAGACUUCCACGGGAACAUCUUGCUGGCCGCCGAGUCCGAGUUUGAGCAGACACAGUGGCUGGAGAUGCUGCAGGAGUCUGGGAAGGUGACCUGGAAGAAUGCCCAGCUGGGAGAAGCCAUGAUCAAAAGCCUGGAGGCCCAGGGGCUGCAGUUGGCUAAGGAGAAGCAGGAGUAUUUAGACAAACUGAUGGAAGAGACUGAAGAACUCUGCCUUCAGAGGGAGCAGAGAGAGGAGCUCGAGCGCCUUAACCAGGUGCUAGAGGCUGAGAAGCAGCAGUUUGAGGAGGUGGUGCAGGAGCUGAGAAUGGAGCAGGAGCAGAUCAAGAGGGAGCUGGAACUGACUGCAAGAUGCCUCAAGGGUGUGGAACAAGAGAAAAAGGAACUGAGGCACCUCACGGAAUCCUUGCAGCAGACGCUGGAGGAACUCUCCAUAGAGAAGAAGAAAACCCUGGAAAUGCUGGAGGAGAAUGAGAACCAGCUGCAGACACUGGCUGGUCAGAGUGAGCAGCCCCCUCUGAGCGGGGGUCUCCACAGCAACCUAAGGCAGAUCGAGGAGAAGAUGCGGCAGCUCCUGGAGGAGAAGCUCCUGGCAGAGCAGCGGAUGAAGGAGAAUGAGGGGCGCUCACGGGCCCUGGAGGAGGAGCGUGAGUUCUACUCGAGCCAGUCGCAGGCGCUGCAGAAUUCGCUGCAGGAGCUGACGGCAGAGAAGCAGCAGGCCGAGCAGGAGCUCAAGGCUGAGGUGAAGGUCCGCAUGGACCUGGAGAGGCGUCUGCGGGAGGCAGAGGGGGCCUUGCGGAGCCUGGAACAAGGGCUCAACUCCAAAGUGCGGAAUAAGGAGAAGGAGGAGAGGAUGCGGGCUGACGUGGGCCAUCUGAAAAGGUUCUUUGAGGAGUGCAUCCGGAAUGCUGAGCUGGAGGCCAAAAUGCCGGUCAUCAUGAAGAACUCCGUGUACAUCCACAAGGCGGCCACUCGCCGCAUCAAAAGCUGCCGCUUCCACCGCCGCCGGUCCAGCACCUCCUGGAAUGACAUGAAGCCAUCCCAGUCCUUCAUGACCUCCCAGCUAGAAGCCAACAACAUAGAGGAGCUGAAGGAAGUGGCCAAGCGGCUCAGCAGAGAUCAGCGCUUCCGGGAGUCCAUCUACCACAUCAUGGCCACCCAGCCCGGAGCCUCCUCGGCACCUCCCCGGGGCGGAAAGUGA